AUGGAUCUCGAAUAUUCUUCAACAAAUCUUGAUGAUCAGGCAACAAUAAAUAAUCCUUCAAUUGAUUCAAAAGAAGAAUUAACAAAUUCUCAUGUAUUCCCAUCAAAUUUGCCGACAACACGUCAUCCAUCAGGUCGUGGUUAUGAAGUAUUUGUUGGUAAAUUACCACGUUAUUGUUUUGAAUUCGAAUUAUUUCCAUUAUUUGAACGUUGUGGACAAAUAUAUGAAAUGCGUUUAAUAAUGAACUUUUCAGAUUGUAAUCGUGGUUAUGCAUUUAUAACAUAUGCAAAUCGUGAUGAUGCUAAACAUUGUAUUAAAGAAUUAAAUAAUUAUGAAACACGUCCAAAUCAUUUAAUUGGUGCAUGUCAAUCAGUUGAUAAUUGUCGUUUAUUUGUUGGUGUAUUUGAACAAUUUAAACCAAAUUCAAUUGAACGUGUGAAAAAAUUAAAAGAUUAUGGAUUUGUUCAUAUUAAACAACGUGAUGAUGCUUUAUAA